ACAUGUAUAUACGUGCUGAAAAAUACACAAUUUACGCCAGUUCUUCACAAACAAAACAACCUCAGCAUCAGAAUCUUCGCCAUUAUUUCGCCACUGAAAUAAUAGACCCAGGCUCCAAGGACUGCCAAGCACCUACCAAAGUAUGGGUAGCAUGUCAAGCAAAUGGUGGCUUCAUUCAAUAGACUUUAUGAACAACAAAAUCGUUGGAUAGAGAAGCUCCCACAGACAACUGAUAGUGAAAAUGUCAAAUAUUAGUUUUGAUCAGCUGUCAGACUGUGUGUGGUUAAGAAUUAUGUCGCACUGUAGGGCCCAAGAUUUGGCAGCUCUUAGUUCAACAAGCAGUCGUCUACAUCAACUGGCAAACGAUAAAUAUCUUUGGAAACACUUUCUACGCAGAGAUUUCAACAUUGUUCAGCCUGACCUUGGGACAGUAGAGUCUGUCAAGAAACUUUACACAAACUUGUUUUACAAGUAUGGGUGCGUGUUGGGGAUGUAUGAAACACAAAUUAAUCCCUGCGGUGCCUUCCUGGAAAUUAGGUACAAGGCUGGUAACAUUGAGGGCGUACACUGGGAACCGUCAUCGAGGCUUGACGUGACCGCCCCCCUGAAGGAGUCCGUAUUAUUUACCAUCAGCGGUGAUCACUUUCCUCCUCACUGUACCUGCUUACCCCACAUUCACCCACAUGCCUGCAGUUUCAACAUUGAUAAGCGUAAGGGAGUUGUGAUCCAAAACUGUUCUGCUCCCUCUGAGCAUAUGGAAGCACUCGGGGAUCAGUUUGAUGAUGACAUGGAUCUCAUAGAACAGCAGAGGCGUAUGACCAUGUACCUGGGUUCAACAAUUGGAAAAGGUCUGGUGCAUCUUCCCCUAACUCUCCCGACACUUGAGGACGUACCAUCUCCCCUGAAGCUAGAUGACGGUACCUUGCCAAAACAUAUUAUAUCACCAGGACUUUUCCAAGGCUCGUAUUCAUCUCAUGGCCUAGAGGUGAUUCUCUUCCGAUAUAAAGAUGAAAAUGAAAUACAUGGUUACAAGGUAACAGGUGACGAAAAUGUCUUCGCUGGCAAAAUUACAGUGAAAAUAAACUUAAAAUUCCCACUACUUCCGACAAAAGAAGACCAGAAAAGUUUCAAUGCCCUGCUAAACUAUGAACCUACCAUGAUCAAAGAAGCGGCCUUUCUCACCUCCGAGCAAGCCUUUCUGCCUCCUGAAGACUGUUUUAUUGAUGCUGAGAUUCCACUGCCUGUAACAUGUAAAGCCAGGUAUCAUGGGUUCGGGCAGAUCGCAUAUUCGAUGUUUACGAAACCACGUUUCACGCCAGUUCACGUUGCAGUGUUCAACGAUGACUUGGUCGGAGUUAUUUGGUUGGAACUUAGGUCCAUGAGCUUCUAUUCUCGAAUUAAGCAAAAAUUCACUCCAAACUUUCACGAUGGUUAUAAAAAUGUUGUAUAAAUAGUGAGAUAUACAGCGGUCCCUCGAUUAACGAGCACAAUUCGUUUCAGAAGGUUGCUUGUUAACCGAAGCACUCGUUAACUGAAACCAUUG